AGCACAUUAGAGGCAAUGAGGUAUUUCCCUUCAAACCGAUGAUCUAAAACCCAACAACAAAGCAAGAUCCAACACAACAAUGGCUCCCAAAUCAGAACAAUCACAGAGCCUCUCUACCCAAGCAGAGACUUCAUCCUCAUCCGUGGAUCCUCUCUUCCACAUACUGAGGAUCUUCCCGUACUCAAUUCUCAGCCCACCCAGACUCCGCCUGAAGCUUCCCUCAUUCACUCUCCCUUCAGCCAUGACUGUCUUCGCUGUCGUUCUCCUUACCUACUUCAUGGUGGUUUCAGGGAUCGUUUACGACGUAAUUGUGGAGCCUCCAGGCAUCGGGUCCACCCAGGACCCGGCAACGGGGUCCGUUCGGCCCGUUGUGUUCCUUCCUGGCCGCGUCAAUGGUCAAUACAUCAUCGAGGGUCUCUCGUCAGGGUUCAUGUUCGUGCUUGGUGGGAUGGGGAUCGUGCUUUUGGAUCUGGCUCUUGAUAAAAACAGGGCUAAAAGUGUCAAGGUUUCUUAUGCCACUGCUGGUAUCUCAUCCCUUGUUAUCGCUUAUGUUAUGAGUAUGCUUUUUAUUCGUAUUAAAAUCCCUGGUUAUUUGGGGUGAAUUUUCAGGUUUAUUAAUGGGUUUUGUUUUGGAUUUAGACUUUCAAUUUUCAUUUGCAGGAAUUUGCAAUGAAUAGAAUAUAAAUUAUUAGUUUA